UGUUGUCUGACUACAGUGUCAAAAAACGGUAAAAGAUAAUUGAAUCACAAUGAAGAUCGUUACCUGGAACAUAAAUGGCAUAAGGACUUUCAGAGGCGGCAUUAAAAAGGCUCUUGAUUCACUGGACGCUGACAUUAUUUGCGUCCAAGAAACAAAAGUGACAAGAGACUUGCUUGAUGAAAGAACUGCCAUUGUUGACGGCUACAAUUCAUAUUUCAGUUUCAGUCGAGGACGCAGCGGCUAUUCAGGGGUUGCCACUUACUGUAAAGACAGUACCGCUCCAUUUGCUGCUGAGGAGGGUCUCACAGGUCUGCUGACCAACCAUGAAGGGGCUGUUGGAUGCUAUGGGGACCAGACUGAGUUCUGUAGCGAGGAGCUGCAGCUUUUGGACAACGAAGGACGAGCCGUUAUCACACAGCACAGAAUCAUGUGUCAGGAGAAAGAGCAAACCGUUACUGUAAUCAAUGUAUACUGUCCUCGGGCUGACCCUGAAAAGCCGGAGCGAAAGCAGUUCAAACUGCAGUUCUACAAGUUGCUUCAGAGUCGCGCUGAAGCAAUACUGAAAGAUGGGAGCCACGUGAUCGUAUUAGGAGAUGUCAAUACAUCUCACCGGCAAAUAGACCACUGUGACCCCAGUGAUAAUGAUGAUUUUGGUGAAAACCCUGGGAGGAAAUGGCUGAAUGCCUUUUUGCACAGUGGCAGAGAAGAAGAGGGAAUGAAAGAGCAAGAACCCAAUGAAGAAUCAAAGGUAACUUCAUCAGAUGCCACCCACAGUGGAAAAUUCGUGGAUACAUUUCGCUUUUUCCACCCAACCCGCACCAGCGCCUUCACAUGCUGGAGCACUCUCACCGGAGCGCGGCAGACCAACUAUGGCACACGCAUUGACUACGUAUUCGCUGACUGCGUACUAGCCAAGGAGCAGUUUGUGGCAGCAGACAUCAUGCCAGAGGUGGAGGGGUCGGACCACUGCCCUGUGUGGGGGCAACUGAGCUGCUCUCUCCUGCCCAGCUCCAAGCCUCCUCCACUCUGUACACGCUACCUGCCAGAGUUUGCUGGCAAGCAGCAGAAACUCUCCCGCUUCCUUGUUAAAGUGGACCAAAGAUCAACUCCGUCUGAGCAGAGGGAUGCAUUACCUGGAUCUCAAGAAGAGGAAGAAAGGAGGGAGAAUUUAAACCCAUCCGGAGCGGGAAAUGUCUCUGGUAAAAAACGGUCAUUAACAUCAGACUCUGUUGUCCCAAAGGGGAAAAAGACUAAGACAGUGAAGACUUCCUCAAACCCAAAGGGGAGCCUCCUCUCCUUUUUCAAACCCAAACUCACAAAUGCUGCUCCCUCUACCGAAGCCCCUGUAAAGCAGUGUGAAAAAACACUCGGCAAGGACGAAGUAACUUCCUCACAAAACUCCCAAAAAGCAUCCUCAUCCAGCGAGGACGCGUCCUCGGUCACAAGCAGCAUACCUGAAGCUACUGAGCUCGUCUACGAUGGUUCACCACAGCUGUGCACCAGCAGCACCUCAGAGGAAAAUCAUAAACGGAUGACGACAAAACCUUCAACCCUACACCCCACUGCGGGACCCCCGGAUGCCAAGAAAGGGGCAUCCUUAGGGUUUUGGAAGUCCGUUUUUCAUGGACCGCCCCCACCGCCCUCCUGUAAGAUCCACGGGGAACCCUGUGUGCUUCGUACUGUGAAAAAGGAGGGGCCAAACAUGGGCAAACAGUUCUUUGUGUGUGCCCAUCCUCAGGGACAUGCCUCCAACCCCGAGGCCCGGUGUAAUUUCUUUGCAUGGGUUGACAAGGGGAAAUGACAUGUUUACUUUAUUCACCACAAGUUGUUUGGUCCGACUCGUCGUUAAACCUCUUGCUCAAACAAGUACUUUGAGACUACAAGGAUGUCGUCAUUUUAACAAUUUGAAUUGUUGACUGAGUUUUUAUGUCUUUGCUAAUAAUAAUAAAAAACAAUUUUCUAUAA